GGACAUGUGUCAAAAUAUUGUUCGCUUUAUUCUUUUGAAUAUUUUUCAAAUAUGCGAAAACAAUAUUCGUCUGUCUUUGUCGAAUUUGCUUUGAAACAACUUUUGGAUUCAAUUGGAUUUAUUUUUCAAAGCAACAUUAACAACCAAACGCAUUGCACGUAUGCACCAGAUUCGAGUUCGAAUAAAGAUCAUAUAAUUGACGAUGAUGAUUAUCAAGAACAUUCAUUAAAUGAAACUAACGAUCUCUUUCAAACAGAAAUGCAAGGAGAAUCUAGUACUUCUGUUAAUCAUUCUGAGAUAAACGUUGAGAAUAUUUAUCCUUGUACAACUAAUUCGGCAAAACCGACGAGAGAACCUACAAUUAGAUGGGAUACUGUGUUACGCGCUGCAGACAAUAAAAAAUACAUACACAAGGAUUUCAAAGUAUUUUGAUAAAGAAAGCCAAUUCGAAGAUUUUACUUCAAUAUUGGAAUCAUCUCGUAAUAGCGCUGAUUCUACGGGUUAUUUUGACGGGCCUGAUCAGUUAAAUAUCUGGUUUAAAUAAGUAAAGUACCAAAAUGCGUUGAUGCAUUGGAAAAGAAAAUUCAUAAUAGAAUAAAAUUGAUGCUGUUGAUCUAUGCCAAUUCUAAUGAAUUUUCAGAUGAUUUCACCGUAUUUCAAUUAAAUAGAUAACAUUUGUUUCUUGAAUCUUUAUUAAAUAAUAUAUUAUUAUUACCCCUCCCAUUUGAAACC